GGUAGGUAGUUUUAAAUGACUUUAUUGUUUUUCGAAGUAUUCUCCACGAAGAUUAAUACACAUCUGCACGCGAUCGAACCAAUUUUCGAAGCACUUAUUCCACUCGUUUGCUGGCAGAUCCAAAACGGCAUUUUUGAAUGCGUCAACUGGUGACUGGAACCGUUGACCACGUAGUCUGUUUUUUAUUUUCGGGAAAGUAAAGAAAUCGUUAGGACUUAGAUCGGGACUAUAUGGAGGAUGAUCCAAUAAUUCCACGUUUUCUUCCGUUAAAUACUGCCUUGUUUUUUGGGCUGUAUUUGACACAAAUGUCGCGACC